AUGGCACUCUUGAAGAGAGUUCUCCCUGCUGCCGUGGUCCUUGUGAGCACAGAGGCAGCUGUGGAGUUGCCUGAUGUGGUCGGGGAUGCGGAGGCUGUCUCUCAUGCGCUGCCUCCGACGGUGUUCGUGACGGCACCACCAAAGUUUCUGCCUAGUGUCCAAGAGAUACGCGACAUGCCAGCAGCUCUGGCAUCUGGCCGCACGCACUUCUACAUCUCUGCGUUGGCGCUGGUAUAUAUUUCUGUGCUCAUGUUGGGGACUUUCCUGCUCUGGCUGGGCACCAAGUGCAAAAAUCGUGGCGUUGAUGAGCCACAGCGCAUCCUCAUGACUGUGGCUGCGGACCACGACGAUACUCCCGAGCUUCCUCCGGCCAAGGCUGGUUUGAGUCGCAGGUGUAAGCGCGUGCUUUUUGCACUGGUCUUCACCUUCACGUACGCCACAUGCAUUACGGCGGCCUUUACAAGCAUGGCUACGGGAAGGCUCAGUCAUAAGACAGGCCUCAAUUGGGAAGUGUACCUGAUACUGUUCAGCAUAGCCGGUGCCUGGCAGAUACUGCAGGCCUUCAUCGCUGCAUGUAUCUUGCCAAGAGGGCGAAGGUAUGGUUUGAAAACAUUCUUCAGCGCGUCUAUCAGCGGAAUGUGCCCCAUCCUAUCCGAUGCCUACGACACGCUCAAGGACGUCAUUCUGGCUGCGUUGUGCUGGCAGAGCGGGGUCGUUUUCGUGCGGAUCAUCUGUGUUCUGAGCCUGGUUCAUCUUGCAGCUCUACAUACCUACUGCAGCUUCUGCGAUGACAAGUGUCUCGCGCAGCUCUGUGGGAGCCACCUCUCUGUCCUGGUUGCAUCCACAGAGGACUUCACUCCGGAGGACGUCAGCACAAAGAAGCAGCCGUUCGUCCGCCAGAUGUGCAACAAGAUCUUACCAGUGCUUUACAAGCAAGUCACACCAACGAAGCGCAAACUGAUGCUGUUGGAGAACGUGCCGCAGGCCAUCUUCGCCAUCUGCUACCUUAAAGUGAUUGGUGGUAGCGUCUUCGUGGGUCUGCUGAACCUGGCGAUCCCGGUCUUUCUGCUCACCGUGGCGCAUCUGUCUUACGGCACCCUCCAGCGCCUCGUGGCCCCAUGGACAGGGGAGAGCCUCAGUUCUGCCCUAGAGGACCACAACGAGCUUGUUGAAAAGCAGAUCCGAGAUGAUGCGGACUUCGCGAAUGAUUUGGCGCUCUUUCGCCUGGUGGUGCCGCACUGCGAAGUCUUUAACGACGUCUUCCCGGAGCUUGAGGAGAUCCAGGAUGUCGACGACGCCCGCCUUCGUGAGCUCUGCGCUGCCUGCGAAUUCCUGACCUCCCGGACCAGGGUGGAAGUGCAGUGCGACGGCCUCGAAGAGUCGGGCAUCGAGGCCAUUGUGGAGGCAAUGCGAAGUUGUGCGGCGGUGCGGCAGGUCCUUGUGGAGGCCACGGAAGUGGAUGCGGAGUGCGCAAAGCUCGUUGCCACCCUCUUGGACGAAUCCACGCCUGUGCAGGCUGUGACACUGAACACAGUCCAAGCGGACGGACUGGACGAUGAAAGUGCCCAGGAGUUGGUGGAAGCUUUGGAGUUUAACAGCGCGCUUCGCCGCGUCUUCUUCUUCCACGAUGAGAUUGGGGAGGAGCGUGCUGAGGCCAUCGCGCGGGCGAUGGACCCUCUCUGGCAUGUCCGUGAGAAGGCCCUAGCACAAGGACUUCCUAUGGACAGCUCCAAGAUCUUGCUGUGCAACACGACGGAAAUUGGCGAGGAAGGGGUGGAGGCCGUGCUGUCCGCACUGGAAGAGAGGUUCGUGGUGAAGGCGGUGAACCUGGCUGGAGUGGGUCUGGGCGUCUCCGUGAUGGAGGUCACCCUCCCGACAGACGUCGUCAAAGUUCGGCUUCAGGUGCAGCAGUCCGGCAAGUAUGGGGGCUUUCUGGACUGCAUACUCCAGACAUCCAGGCAAGAGGGCCCAGCCGCACUCUGGAAAGGGCUUGCUCCGGCACUUCUGCGGCAGAUCUCCUACACGUCUCUGUCGCUGGUGAUCUACGAGCCGAUUCGGGAGUUCUACGUGCGCACGCUGCGUGGCGAAGGUGCACAAGGGCCCAACUUCAUCCAGCGCUUGGCGGCUGGUGGCACGGCAGGCGCGCUUGCCAUUGCCGUCUUCAAUCCUGCCGAGGUGAUCAAGACCCAAGUUCAGACUCACACAGAAGCCAAUCUGAGCAUGGCCGCGGUUGCCCGGCGUGUUUGGGCGCAGGAUGGCGUCGCGGGCUUCUGGGCAGGUGUUCGGCCAAAUGUCGCUCGGACGUUCCUGGUCAAUGCUGCCGAGCUUGGUACCUAUGACGAGGCGAAGAGCCGCUUCAAGCCGUACUUCGGCGACGGGCUCGUGUCUCAUGUCGGAGCAUCCGGCAUUGCAGGCUUCACCUCCGCGUGUGUGUCGACCCCAGCAGACGUCGUAAAGACACGGCUGAUGACGCUCGGCAGAAAGAUGUUUGCUGCAGACAGAGACAGACGCGGAGAGCGAGAGACAAAUCUCACAAAGGCAUGUGAAACAGGGCUUUAA